UUUCGUUCCGAUUUAUUCGGUCGAAUUUUCUUGUUAUAAAUGAACUCCGUUCAGCCGAAGCACUUCAAAGACAACCAAGAAUUUGCGAAUAAAAUCAACAAGAAUCUGCCGAAAAGUACUGUGACAAGCAGUGCGUCUCGCCUACGAACUCAUCUAAAUGAGAAAAGUCAAACGACGACAAACUGGAGACGUCCAGGAAGCGGAACUUCAUCCUCUAUGCUAAUCAGUACAUCGAAAAUUAAUCUUCCAAAUGACAGAAUCAAACAAGGAAUGCACAAAUUAGGAUCUCUACCCAGGUAUUUGCGUUCAAUGCCACCAGGAAUAACACAUAAUUGCGACAAUCUAGCGGUUGUAAUCAAGACGAAAACAUUUAAGAACCAUGGCGUUUCUCAGAGAUUUUUUGUACGAGAAACAGAACGACUGAAUAAGGUAGAAACAAUAGUCGCAGCAAAACUUCCGAUAAAUGAAAAAGCUUUGGAGGUGUCAUCUGCGUUAGUCUUACCGACCGGAGAGGACUUUGAACAUAUGUGCAUUGCAACCGAACAUAUCACGACUGCUGUAGAUCCUUUGUCAAUUGACAUAAAUCAGUUAAAGACAGUGCCUAACAUCCACUCGAAAAUAUUCCAGAAUUUACACGAGAAAAUUCAGUAUCUGGAGACGAAACAGUGCUACUUUGAAAAUGGUUCUAGGGAAGCAAUCGAGCAGAUUUUACAGCUGGAUUGUAAGAUGAAGAUGAGGACAUCCCAGAUUGAAGAAAAGAAUGAAGAAAUUUGUGAGCUUCAAGCUUGUCUAAAGAAUUUACAAUCGGUAGGUCUCUCUCAGAACACCGCUUCUCGAGAAAAUAUUCUGAAGCAAUAUGAGAAAGAAAAGAUUUUACGCGUAGAGUUGGAUAAAAAAUGUACCGAGCUAAUUCAAAGCAAUAGUUUGGUCCAGAAUCUAAGUAAGCGGCUUAAGGCACUAAAGAAGGAUCUUCAUGAAGCUAAAGAUGAACACGAUAAACUUGAAAACUGCAAUUUUCAAACUGCGGAGAAGUUGACCGAGAAGGAAGUGGCACUUGAAGCAGUAUUGAACAAAAAUUACAUUUUUGUUCAACGCAAUCAUGCAAUGAGUUUAACAAUCGAUAAACUGAAACAGCAAGUUUUCACUAUGGCCCAAGAAAUCGUUGGUAAAGAUGCACAAAUUACUAAACUUUUGGCUAUUUCCGAAGACUUGCCGAAUGAAAUUCCGCGAACUCCACAAGGGGAUCUAAUGGAUGCUCUUCAGUUAGAUCUAACUAAUCUAUCUGGAAAUUCUGACAAUCUUAUGGAAGCGAACAGACUAGACGAUGUAAUUCUGCAGAUUCAUUCAAAUCUACUCGAAAGUUUGGAAUUUAGCAAGACGUCGUUCAAGACCUACUGCGAUUCUCUUAUCGAGUGUGUAGAUGUCGACGAGGUGAAGGACGGACAUUAGCAGACAGCUGAAGGGACGGAGCAGUUGUGAACAUACUUAAGCGGUCAAGUUGUAUGUUGAAACAGAAGCCGUUAUCAGCCCAUUAGAAUCCAAAGAAUGA